AUCAUUUACAACACGUUUUCUUCAUUUUACGUCUGACAUUUACAUUACGCCGGAAUAAUUAUUCACAAUGAGGCCACUAACAGAUGAAGAAACUAAAGCUUUGUUUGAAAAAUUGUCUAAAUAUAUUGGUGAAAAUAUAAAAUUAUUAAUAGACAGACCUGAUGGGCAAUAUUGUUUUAGAUUUCAUAGAGACAGAGUCUACUAUGUCAGGGAAGCUUUGAUGAAGAGAGCUGCAAAUGUGACCAGAAAACAUCUUGUUAGCUUUGGCACUUGUUUUGGUAAAUUCACAAAAUCGUACAAGUUUCGUCUGCACAUAACAGCUUUAGACUUUUUGUCUCCAUAUGCCAAAUACAAAGUGUGGGUGAAACCUGGUUCAGAACAGUCUUUUCUCUAUGGCAACCAUGUUGCGAAAUCUGGCUUAGGAAGAAUUACAGAGAAUACUGCACAAUAUCAAGGGGUUGUUGUAUAUUCCAUGAGUGAUGUACCACUGGGCUUUGGGGUGGCUGCCAAAUCUACACAAGACUGUAGGCGUACAGAUCCAAUGAGUAUAGUAUUAUUUCACCAAGCUGAUAUAGGAGAAUACAUCAGACAUGAAGAGACUCUAACAUAAUAUUUAUUUUAUUACAAAACAGGUUCUGCAGAAAUGACAUGUUGACGCUACCAUCGUUAUCAACUGCAAAGGGUUCCGGCUCCCACCGAAUUAAGGAUUGAAACCCUCGUCAUCCAAACUGCUACUGUUCAGGCAUGCGUAAUAUUCUCAUUGAUGACAUCACCAAUAUGCUGGAUUGUUUGAAUCCUUGGUUUAUCAAAUAUACCGUGUUUGAUUUAACGCUUGAUCUCCUGUCGGAUUUUCAAAGAUUGUCAGUAUUAUAGAAUACAUGAUAAAUAUGCGUUUUUGCGUGGGGAGG